AUGGCUAUUAUUAGACGAGCUAAAAACAAGCAAGCGCCUCAAAAGAGAGCGGAUGCGACCAUCAAGAAGGCUACUUUCGAUGCGACCAAAAAGAAGGAGGUCGGUGUGUCGGAUUUGACGUUGCUAUCGUCGAUCUCCGACGACGCAAUCAACCAGAAUUUGAAGAAACGGUUCGAGAAUGGAACGAUCUACACGUACAUUGGACAUGUGUUGAUCAGUGUGAACCCAUUCAGGGACUUGGGGAUAUAUACGGAUGCUGUGUUGCAGAGCUAUAAGGGGAAGAACCGUUUGGAGGUUCCUCCUCACGUUUUUGCCAUUGCAGAAGCGAUGUAUUACAACUUGAAGGCGUACAAUGAGAACCAGUGUGUGAUUAUCUCUGGUGAAUCCGGUGCUGGUAAGACGGAGGCUGCGAAGCGGAUCAUGCAGUACAUUGCAGCUGCUAGUGACACGCACGAGGCUUCGAUCGGGAAGAUUAAGGACAUGGUUUUGGCGACAAAUCCGCUCUUGGAGUCGUUCGGGUGUGCCAAGACGCUCAGGAACAACAACUCGUCGAGACACGGGAAGUACUUGGAGAUCCGGUUCAACGAGCAGUUCGAGCCAUGUGCGGGCCAGAUCACGAACUACUUGCUCGAGAAGCAGCGUGUAGUGGGCCAGAUCAAAAACGAAAGAAACUUCCACAUCUUUUACCAGUUCACCAAGGGUGCCAGCGACACCUACAGACAGAACUUUGGGGUGUUGCAGCCGGACCAAUACGUAUACACUUCUGCUUCAGGGUGUACCUCGGUGGACACCAUCGACGACUUGGAUGAUUUCAAAGAGACGUUAAAGGCUAUGGAUGUGAUUGGGUUGUCGCAAGACGAGCAAGACCAGAUCUUUAGGAUGCUUUCUGCGAUCCUUUGGAUCGGUAACAUCUCGUUCAUCGAAAAUGACGAAGGUAACGCACAGGUCAGAGACACCUCGGUCACGGAUUUCGUCGCAUACUUGUUACAAGUGGAUGCUAGCUUGCUAAUCAAGUGUCUAGUGGAAAGAGUCAUGGAAACUGGCCACGGAGCAAGGAGAGGGUCUGUGUACCACGUCCCACUCAACGUCGUGCAGGCAAACGCUGUUAGAGACGCCUUGGCAAAGGCAGUCUACUCCAAUCUUUUCGAUUGGAUCGUAGACCGUGUCAACGUGUCCUUGAAGGCGUUCCCCGGUGCAGUGAAGUCUAUCGGUAUUCUAGAUAUCUACGGGUUCGAAAUCUUCGAGCACAACUCGUUCGAACAAAUCUGUAUCAACUACGUUAACGAAAAGCUACAGCAGAUCUUCAUCCAAUUGACCUUGAAAUCUGAACAAGAAGAGUACAACAGAGAACAGAUCCAGUGGACUCCAAUCAAAUAUUUCGACAACAAAGUCGUUUGCGACUUGAUUGAGGCCAAAAGACCACCGGGUAUCUUUGCCACUUUGGACGAUUCCGUCGCCACAGCUCAUGCAGACUCCAGUGCAGCAGACCAAGCUUUCGCACAGCGUUUGAACAUGUUCUCAACAAACCCACAUUUUGAUCUGAGAUCGUCCAAAUUCGUCAUCAAGCACUAUGCUGGUGAUGUCACGUACGACAUCACGGGUAUGACUGACAAGAACAAAGAUCAAUUGCAAAAGGAUUUGGCAGAGUUGAUCCAAACAACCACCAACCCAUUCUUGAUGAACAUUUUCCCAGAUGCAGUCGACAAAUCGUCAAAGAAAAGACCCCCAACGGCAGGUACCAAGAUUAUCAAGAGUGCUAACGAAUUGGUAGAUACUUUGUCCAAGGCACAACCAUCCUACAUCAGAACCAUCAAACCAAACCAAACCAAGUCACCAAGAGAUUAUGACGACCAACAAGUCUUACACCAGGUCAAGUAUUUGGGUUUGCAAGAGAAUGUGAGAAUCAGAAGAGCCGGUUUCGCUUACAGACAAACGUUUGAGAAGUUUGUAGAAAGAUUCUACUUGUUGUCUCCACAAUGUUCUUACGCUGGUGAUUACACUUGGCAAGGAGACACGUUGGGUGCUGUCAAGCAAAUCCUCAAGGAUGCCUCGAUUCCAACCACCGAGUACCAGUUGGGUGUGACCAAAGUGUUCAUCAAGACUCCAGAAACGUUGUUUGCCUUGGAACACAUGAGAGACAAGUACUGGUAUAACAUGGCAGCCAGGAUCCAACGUGCUUGGAGAAGAUUCAUCCAAAGGAGAAUCGACUCUGCUAUCAAGAUCCAACGUGCCAUCAAGGAAAAGAAAGGUGGUAACCAAUACGAGCAAUUGCGUGAUUAUGGUAACAGACUCUUGGGCAACAGAAAGGAAAGAAGAGCCAUGUCUCUCUUGGGUUAUAGAGCUUUCAUGGGUGAUUAUUUAUCCUGUAAUGAAAUGAAGUCCAAGGGUGCAUACAUCAAGAGACAAGCUGGAAUAAAAGAAGUGGUUGUGUUCUCUAUACAUGGUGAAGCUCUACAUUCCAAGUUUGGUAGAUCAGCUGUUCGUUUACCAAAAACAAUCAUCUUAACUCCAACCACAUUGUACAUUAUUGGUCAAGCGGUAGCCCAGAAUCAAGUCUCAUAUACCGUUGAUAGAAAGGUCAAUGUCGCACAUAUAAAGUAUGUCAGUUUGACGAGUUUGGCAGACGACUGGGUGGGUAUUUACGUCCAAGGUGAGAAUUUACCAGAUCCAUUUAUCAAUACUGUGUUCAAGACUGAACUAAUUACACACUUGAAACAAUUAAACCGCGCUUUGGAAAUCAAGGUGGGCCCAACUAUUACCUACCAAAAGAAGCCAGGUAAGAUACACACUGUGAAGUGCCAAGUUAGUCAGGCUGCACCCAAGUACGGUGACAUAUAUAAAUCCAGUACCAUCUCCGUGCGCCAGGGACUUCCAGCCAACUCCAAGCAACAUCCAAAACCAAAGAAGAAGAGUUCAUUGUUGGAUGGCUCUGAUGGUUAUGCUCCUGUAUCUACCUCUCAAAGACAAUCUCGUCCUCAACCACCACAAGCAGCACAGCAAUCGCAGCCACAACCACAACCGCAACAAAGGCAAAAUAGACCCGUUGUGCCUCAAGCUACACAAAAGAAGAGAGCUCCACCUCCACCGGGAGCAAACAACGUUUCCUCUUCCAAUACUUCUUCUGGUGCUGGAAUGGAUCCAAGGAAUCUGGCUGCUACUGCUGCCCAAGCUGUUUACCAUCCUCAAACAUCACAACGUCCCAACAAGGCUGCUGCUCCUUCGAGGCCACAACAGCCACAACAGCCACAGCAACAACAGCAACAACAGCAACAACAACAGCAACAGCAACAACCUGGGAAGAAAAGCGUUCCUCCUCCUCCACCUCCACCUCCACCAUCCAACCAAAAUAUUCCAAAAUUCCAAGCCGCAUACGACUUCACAGGUACAGGUUCUCCUAGCGAAUUGCCAUUGACAAAAGGAACUGUCAUUACAGUUUCCAAGCAAGAUCCAAGUGGCUGGUCGCUUGGUAAAUUAUUGGAUGGAUCCAAGGAAGGUUGGGUGCCAACUAAUUAUAUUGUUGAAUACAAGGAGUCCCAGGCCCCACCUGCCCCUCCUGCCCCUCCUGCUGCCGCUGCCACUACUAACAACAAUUACAAUGCUGCUUCUGCUGCUGCCGUUGGUACUGCUGCCGCAGUUGGCGUUGCUGCAGGUGCUGCCGCAGGUGCUGCAAUGGCACAAAACUCAUUCAGUGCUGGUCUUGCUGAUGCUUUGGCAGCAAGAGCCAAUACCAUGAGACUAGAAAGUGACGAUGAAAGCGCUGGCAACGCUGAAGAGGAUGAUGACUGGUGA